UAUAUUGUGAAUGCAACAGUGUGUGAUUCCACACCAUCGUUAACAGUUCUUUGAUUCAUAGUUUUCUCACAAUGAACUUGCUGAGCAUAUUCUCUGGAGCUUUGGCUUCAGUUUCGAACAUUUCUAUAAUAAUAUGGUUAUUGCUUAUCAUAUUACUAACUUGCAGAUUCUACAAAAUGUAUUAUGACGAACGUGCGAUCGAACGUAGAAAACAAAUAUCUCUACUACCGAGUUUAACGAAAACCUACUUGGAAACAAUCAAUUUUAUAUGGCUCGUCUCUAGUAUGAGCCCUCAAGAUUUGUUACCCUAUUACACCAGAGUUCUUAAAAAUAUAGGACCAUUGGUGCAUAUCAAUACUAUUUUACGGGACUACGUCAUUAUAGUCGACCCAGAGGACAUAAAGAUAUUAUUGUCCAGUACUCAAUAUAUUAUCAAAGGACCGGGAUACAGGAUGCUCGAGCCCUGGUUGAAAAAAGGGCUUCUGACCAGCACUGACGAGAAAUGGCAAACGCGAAGAAAGCUACUGACUAAUACAUUCCACUUCAAAAUUUUAGAAUCAUAUAUACCAGCUUUUAACCAUCAUGCAAACGGUUUAGUGCAAAGCCUAGCCAAGGCAUCGAAAAACAAUGAAAUUGACUUACACUCGCACGUGACUCUAUGCUCAUUAGAUAUUGUAUGCGAAACAAUGCUAGGCGUCAACGUGAGAUCACAAGAAGGACAAUCCAUUGACUAUGUUAAAGCAGUAAAAACUGUGAGUCAUUUAGCUAUGAAAAGAAUGUUAACAGUUUGGCUUUGGAGCGACACGAUUUUCAACGUCAGUACUUGGGGUAGACAAUUUUAUAAGUCGUUAAAAGUACUACAUGAAUUUAGUAAAAAUGUUAUUCAACAAAGAAAACAAAAACUUAAUUUUUCCGAAAACCCAAUAGCCGGGACUAAGGAAGACAGAAAAAAAGUAUAUUCAUUCCUUGACCUAUUAAUCGGCAUUUCCAAGGAACAUCCAAACUCCAUGACAGAUGCUGACAUUCAGGAAGAAGUAGAUACUUUUCUAUUUGAAGGACACGAUACCUCUUCAAUAGCUAUGACAAUGGCAUUAAUUCACAUCGGCAUGAAUCAAAACAUCCAGGACGACAUCCGAGAAGAGCUUCAGGGAAUAUUUGGUGACAGUGAUCGAGAUGCUACAAUGGAAGACCUUAAAUCCAUGUCCAUAUUAGAAAGAGUAAUAAGAGAAACCAUGAGACUUUACCCCAGUGUUCCUGGUGUUACAAGAACACUGAACCAACCAUUACAGCUUAAAAACCACACAAUACCUGCACAUAGUAUUAUAGGCGUUUCGUUUUAUAUACUACAUCGUGACGAGUCAAUGUAUCCAAACCCAGAAGUAUUUGAUCCCGACAGAUUUUUACCAGAGCAGUGUAACGAUCGACACCCAUAUGGAUACCUGCCGUUUAGCGCAGGACCAAGAAACUGUAUUGGUCAAAAAUUUGCAAUGUAUCUAAUGAAGACGGUACUAUCAACGGUUGUUAGACACAUGAAAUUGGAAACACUGGGAACACAAAAAGAUAUUGCGAUUAAACCACGGCUGGUAUUAAAAGCUGAACGUUUGCCCAGCUUAAAAUUAACGCCACUUUUCGAAAAUCAUAAGAAAUAAGUACCUGGGUCGCUGUGGAGGAGCCAUUCUUAUAUAUAUUUUGGUGUAUUAGCUGUUGUGGUUAAGGGAUAUUUAUGUAUUUUUUACUAUUAUAUAUUAUAACUGCAGAAGUGGUGCUUGAGUUUUUGCUAAAUAUGUUUAUGUUAUAAUAUGUCAAUAUUAUUAAAAUUUGUUUUAAAUUAUUAGUGUAUUCGGGAAAAGUAAUAUUGUACGUGGACUAUAGUUGUUUGUAAAAAUA